AUGAAAAUUUUAUGUGCGGUUGCUUUAACUUUACUGAUUGUUUUAUUCAAUCAGCAUUCAACAAACGGAUUUCCAACCGAAGAGUUCACAACGGAACAACCAUGUCCGAAGGAAUUUGAAUGGGUUGAUGGAAAGUGCAAACGAUCCUCAACGAAAACCGAAAUUACCGAAGUAAAGGAAAAGGGCAAAAAGGUCGCUGUUUGCCCAGAAGGUCAGGUCCGUGGUGAAGACGGUAUCUGUGAAGAUAUCAAAUCCGAAGAGCGUUUAGCCGCUACCGUUGAACCAAAAAAACUUCACGAAGAAGCUGCAACCCAAUCAUCAGAACACGAUGAACAACACGACGAUGCAGGCAAACAAUCUGACCACACAGAAGACUACGAAACUGCAACUAAACCAUUCGAUCAUACAGAAGAACACGAAGAAAAUGCAACAAAAUCAUUCGAAUUGACCACUGAAUUAUCCGAAGACACUGAAGAACAUUCGAAAGUUGCCGAUGUUCCAAAAGGUUGUCCACCAGGAACAAAAUAUGACGAAGACGGUGCCUGCCAAGACGAAGUAGAAACUAGUUCAAAACACACCUUUGAAGUCAAAGAUCUUCUCACUAAGGGUGAAUGUCCAUCUGGAAUGAGAAAAUAUAAUGAUAAAUGCGUAUAUAUCAAAUCUGAAGCAUCAUUAGAACCAAUGCAUGAUCUCACUUAUGAACAAGCAGAUCUGAAGAAUAAAAUUCCUGACGAAUUAGUACCUGUCCUUGUUGAUAAUAUCUGUCCAGCCGGUACCGAAUAUUACUCAAAUGGUCUUUGCCGAAAACGUGUUUCUCCAUUGCGCGCGACCGUUUUUACUGCUGAUUUGAAGAAAUGUCUUGCUGAUGAAAUCUUAGUCGGCGGUGUGUGCGAACCGAAACGCAUUGGAUUAGUUUCUACAACAGAAGAACCAAAAAAAGUCCACAAAUCUGAGGAACAUGAUGAAGGUGAAGCAGAUAAAGAUAAAUCCGUCGAAUCCAAACAGUAA